UCCCCGGCGAGUGCGAACCCCCGGCGCCGGGCGGCCGCGCGGGCGGCGGCGGGCAGAGCGGGCGCUGCGGCCGCGGACCCAGGCCCGCCUCCUCCCCUCGCCCGGCUCGGUCCUCACCCGGGCGCCGCGGGGACGGAGCCGCAGCCAUGCAGUCCGAGUCGGGCAUCGUGCCGGAUUUCGAAGUCGGGGAGGAGUUUCAUGAAGAACCCAAAACCUAUUACGAACUCAAAAGUCAGCCGCUGAAGAGCAGCAGUUCCGAGGAGCAUCCUGGGGCCUCCAAGCCUCCGCUAAGCUCCUCCAGCAUGACAUCACGUAUCUUGCUACGCCAGCAGCUCAUGCGUGAGCAGAUGCAGGAGCAGGAGCGCAGGGAGCAGCAGCAGAGGCUGCAGGCGGCCCAAUUCAUGCAGCAGCGAGUGCCUGCGAGUCCGACGCCAGCCAUCAACGUCAGCGUGCCCACCACCCUUCCCUCUGCCGCCCAGGUGCCCAUGGAAGUCCUUAAGGUGCAGACCCACCUCGAAAACCCCACCAAGUACCACAUACAGCAAGCCCAAAGGCAGCAGGUAAAGCAGUACCUUUCUACCACUUUAGCAAAUAAACAUGCCAACCAAGUCCUGAGCUUGCCAUGUCCAAACCAGCCUGGCGAUCAUGUCAUGCCACCAGUGCCGGGGAGCAGCGCACCCAACAGCCCCAUGGCUAUGCUCACACUUAACUCCAACUGUGAAAAAGAGGGAUUUUAUAAGUUUGAAGAACAAAACAGGGCGGAGAGUGAAUGCCCAACAAUGAACACACACUCCCGAGCAUCCUGCAUGCAGAUGGAUGAUGUUAUCGAUGACAUCAUUAGCCUAGAAUCAAGUUAUAAUGAAGAAAUCCUGAGCUUGAUGGACCCUGCCUUGCAAAUGGCAAAUACGUUACCUGUCUCCGGAAACCUGAUUGACCUUUAUGGCAAUCAAGGACUGCCCCCCCCUGGCCUCACCGUCAGCAACUCCUGUCCAGCCAACCUUCCCAACAUAAAAAGGGAGCUCACAGCGUGUAUUUUCCCCACAGAGUCGGAAGCGAGAGCGUUGGCUAAAGAGAGACAAAAAAAGGACAAUCACAACCUGAUUGAACGAAGAAGAAGAUUUAACAUAAAUGACCGCAUUAAAGAACUAGGUACUUUGAUUCCCAAGUCCAAUGAUCCGGACAUGCGCUGGAACAAGGGCACCAUUUUAAAAGCGUCCGUGGACUACAUCCGGAAGCUGCAGCGGGAGCAGCAGCGGGCAAAAGAGCUGGAGACGCGGCAGAAGAAGCUGGAGCAUGCCAACCGGCACCUGCUGCUCCGCAUUCAGGAACUUGAGAUGCAGGCUCGAGCGCAUGGCCUUUCCCUUCUUCCGUCCUCGGGCCUCUGCUCUGCGGACCUGGUGAAUCGCAUCAUCAAGCAGGAGCCCUCCCUGGAGAACUGCAGCCAGGACCUGCCACCGCGCCAUGCAGACCUCACCUGCACCAGCACCCUCGACCUCACCGACGGCACCAUCAGCUUCAGCAGCAGCCUCGGCGCCGGCACCGAGGGCAGCCAGGCCUAUGGUGUCCCCACGAAAAUGGGCUCUAAACUGGAAGACAUCCUGAUGGACGAUACUCUUUCUCCUGUUGGCGUAACGGAUCCACUGCUUUCGUCGGUGUCCCCGGGAGCUUCCAAAACCAGCAGCCGGCGGAGCAGCGUGAGCAUGGAGGAGCCCGAGCACGCGUGUUAGCAGCCCCGCUCGCCUCCUUCUCCAGGAGAUUCCACAACUGACCUGAGGGGUUUUCUUGAUAAUUUUCCUUUAAUAUGAAUUUUUUUCAUGCUUUCUCAAUAGCCAAGGAUAUAUUUUAUUUUUAGAAUUUUGUGAAGCGGACCUGUAUAUUCUAUUUUGCAACUAUAAAUGCCUCCAAAGUAUUGUACAAUAAGCGUACAGAACCUGUGAACUGAGCUCACCCUGGACGCCAGCGUCCUGAGCAAGAGGAUUUUCAUCAGAGAAAUUUUUGUCCACUGUUAUUCAGGGAAGCAAGUUGGAGAUUUUUAUGCCUGUGACUUCCUUGGAAAUUAAAUGUAAAGUUUAAUCAGAGGAAUAUAAAGCAACCAAAAUAAAUAAAAUAAAAGUAGAGACAGACAGACAAAAGAAAAGAAAAAUUUCACACUAACCUUUUCCAUUUUGUAAAUGUGUUCAUUGGUACUGCCUUAAAGAUACAGUACCCUCUAGCAUCAGUCUUUAUACUGCAAACUAUUUCAAGAAAUGCUAUAUUCUGCAAAAGAAAAAGAUGCAGCCAUUUUCAUGAGGAUUGUCUGGUGAGAAAAAUAGCUGAUGUGUUACUUACCGCUGAAUUGCGAGGGCGGUGCAGGGCUCUGAAACCGAGCUCGGCCUCACCCCUGCUGCUCUGGCCCUCCUCACCAAUGCGUGUGAGUCAGUGCUUCCUAGGACCUAUUUUACUUUGAAUGAAAAUGAGUGUCCUCUCAUAGUAAGACAUUGAGGAGCACUGAAUGUUUUACUCUUUUUUCUUUAAUUUUGCUUUUGAUAAGAAAACCAAACGGCACAUUUCUAAUUGGCUUUACUAUUUUUAUUUUUAAAUUAUGUUUUACUGUUGGUUUGAGUUGUACAGAUUCUUUAUUAUCAUUGUUCUUUUCAGUAUGUUUGUAUUAAUUUGUAAGAAUAUGCAUCUUAAAAUGGCAAGUUUUCAAUAUUUUUACAACUCACUGAUGGUUUUCUGCAUUAUUUGUACACACAUGAAAGAAAACUUUCACGCAAGGUCUUGUGUUUCAAGAGAGCUUUGCGAAUAUUUUGUAUAUUACAGUCUCACUCAGAACUGUUUUUCCACACAUUUAAGGUGUAGUAUUAAUAGGUAAAACUGGCCUUCUAGAGAGAAUAAACUUACAUAUUUAUUUUUAGUGAUAUAAAAAUAGCAAUAUUCUUGGAGACUGGUAACUAUAGUAUUAAUACGCCCAUUAUGGUCAUUUAAAUUGAGGUUUAUUUCAGCAAGCGUGCUGAACUUUUCUAAGGAGAGAGAUAGUGUACUGGCAAAUGACUGGUACUUGGUAGCACUGCUUUGCCAAGCGGCAGUGCCGUCCAGGCAGCUGCUGUCCGGUCAGCUCCCAUGCAUGGGUGCGUGCGGUCUUGCGCGGUAGCAGCAGUGGCCCCCCACUCUGUCGGGCGAGGUGUCACACAGGCAUGGGGUCAGGAGUCAGGCUGUUGAGUGGACCGUCUCAGCAGCAUGUACAGUUGAUAGCCGGUGGCAUCAAGCACACCCAUCUGGAAUGAAGUGCCUUACACGGAGCAGCAGCCGCUUGGGACUGAGCUGGCUGAGCUGGGCUGUGGGAGACUUUCCCGCUGGUCUCACUGAGAACGGCGUGCGGCAUGGUGCCUCUGUGGACAGUGUCAGAGCUUCCAGUUCUCCUUCAGAUAUUUUUAAUAUUAAAUAUAUUUUAGUGACAGAGUGCCAACUUCUUUCAUCAGGAAACCUCAUUCAGGAGGGUUUUGUAAAAAACGAGGCUGAGUUUAAAUGUCAAAUGUGAAUUGGUGAUGGCUGUUAGAGGUUCAGGGAGAAGGAGUGAUUGUCGAAUGUACGAAUGGAUGACUUACAUGAAAAUAAUCCAUGCCUGGCUCCCAGGCACGCUGGGCAGUGAGAGUCCUUGGAACUUUGAGAAUGCUGUCAGUUUUAUAGCUUCAUUACUUAAGGGGCAGGGAACUUGGUUCCCAUUCUUUCAGCCUCCUUCACUGUACAGAUAGCUCUUCUCCUAGAAUAGUGACACGGGUGUGCAUGAGCAGCUAACUGUGCCACAGUGUUCACGGACACAAUCACAGCAUCGUCCAUUAAUCUCUUCCGAUUGACGUGGAGGAGGGGACCUGGGUGCAAAAGUCGAAGGUGGCGAUGGUCUGAUGCUAGUUUUCUUUAGCUGAUUAGGAGGUUCUUAAAAAUAGAGCAAGGCUGACUAACCCAGGGCCCAGGAUUAAGCGAAUGUAGAGGGAGAUUUGUGAGAGAAAGCAUGGCAUCUCCUACCACUGCCCUGGGUCUCGCACGCCGGAGCUCACCCUCCCUGCUGCCCCAACCUUUUUGAGAGACAGUUUCUGGGAGUGGCAGGCCAAUGAGCCCAGGAGAAGGCUGCAACUGCAGGAGUGGUUUAUUUAUUUCUUUUUUGCCAAAUAGAGUGUGGGUUCGUUUUAGCGACUAGUUAUGCCAGGAGGGGGUGGUUUGGGCUUGCUGUUUGUGAUGCGAAAACAGUCCACACCACUCCCCAUCCCUGGGUGCAGAGCUGAGACCUGGGGCUGGGCCUCCAUCUGGGGUGACUGACAUGCCAAACUUGUCCACCUGCCUCUGGGUACGGUGAUGGAAAUACCAAACCUGACUUUGCCAAAAACCAUGCAACCAACUUGGUCAUACUAUGAUGACAAAGUUCUUUCUGGUUGUUUUUUUAAAAAUAAAGCAAUAAGAAUAAAUAAAAUACAUAGGAAGUUAAAAGAUACAAAAUAAAGCACAAAGGAAUGCACUUACUAAUAUUUUUUAAAAUGCACUGGGGAAAAGUUGAUGUUGAUAACAGUGUAUUAAAAACUCCUAUUUCUUGAAAAAAAAAAAAAAAAGACAAAUGACUGUCUUCCUGACACUCGGUACUGUAAUGUGGUCACCUGCUGUGGGUGCAGCAGUGCUUUCUGCGUGGCCCACAGCACUGUACAUUGUGGGUCAAUAUUCAUGUAUCCGUGACCUUUGAACUGUUCUCGAUAGCUUCAUUAAAGCAUUUGGUUUUUCACA